AUGUCGCCAGAACAUUCGCACCGAUACACUAGGACGUUUAUUGAUAGUCAGUUGAGCCUUCUACGGAAACCAUUAGUCAUAGAUGAAUCUGUUUCCGAGGUACUAUCAAAUCAGGAAAGUGGAAUAAGUCAAUCUCAAUUACAAGACAUCCUCAACAAAGUCAAUGCGUCAUUGAAUACUAGGUAUGAUGAGAUAUUUUCACCUCAGCGGAACAACCAGGUAAUUGAGAGGGUCGCAGGAAUGGAAAUACAAAAUCUACUCAAAGUUGAUCAGCAAAUCUUCAAGAUUCAUAAUCAGUUGCAAGAUUUUGAUGUAUCUGGUUUCAACACCUCAUCAACAGAUGAAUGGAGAAUAAAACUUCAAAGACUAGGCGAAAUGAUCAGAAACUUACCAGAGCCAAAAUACCUUUACUUAUUAGACAAUGGGGGUAAUUUACAUUACCUGGAGAUGAAACCUAAUACAGAUUGCAGUGAACGGGUCAAUAUAGCAUUGCUGCACCAAAAUAACUGCCGCCAAAAUGAACAGGUACAGUCUGAGCGUAGCACAAGAAAAAUAGAGUUAAGUAGUCUGUCGCCAAAGUCCAGCCUGUUGAAGGUGACAGAUGGUGAACUCGUGGCUGAAUUGCUAGCAAAGUACACCAGGUUGAGGAGUAAGUUAACCACGUUGAGUGAUACACUACAGUAUAAUUUUGAUAAAUUGGAAUAUCUCCGAGGGUUGAAUACCAAGAUGAAUGAAACGUUUAGUGCAGAGAAGCAACUUACAGACUCGACAGCCAAUAAAGAUGAGAGCCCCUGUUUUGACAACUUGCAAGAAGAAUUUGACAGGUUUAGGAUACUUGUGGAAAAGAUUGCAUACAAGUCUAGUCUAGAGGAUCUACGCAGCUCGUAG